UUCGUCGCCAUAUUGGUUCGCUUUAAAGAAUUCAAAAACACGAUAUUAUUUGAAAAUAUAUAUAUUUGACUCAAAGCGCAACAAUUGUCGUACAAUAUUAACAUAUCUUUGUUCAUUCUGCCAAAUCACAUAAAUAAAAUAUUUUAAGAGACAAUUAAUAGCAGUCUGUCAUAACUCGUAGAAUCUCUAUUAACAAGUGGUGUAACGUGCGGAUGUGUAAUUACGAGAAGUGUGUGGGAUGUUAUUCACUAAUACAGUAGAAUGAUAUUCAAUUACGACAUUAAUUGAGAGAAUUCUAGCAUUGUAGUCUCGGAAUCAACAACGGGCAGUGCCCAUCUGAAACGGACUUAACCUUGAAUUAAAAUCGAAGGAUGGCGAGUAUGUGUAACGAUUGCAUGGCCAGAGUGCCGUAUGCAACUCUUAUUGCAACAAUAAUGUGUUGCUUAGGAGUAGGUAUAUUUUGCGGUACAAUGUAUAGAGGUGUUACGUUAAGUUCUUUGAUGAUGGAUCAAGUAUUUCAUUUAAGACUUGGAUGGUUGGAGCCUGUUCAAUUAACUUUUGCAAUAAUUGGUGCUAGUAUGGGAGCUUUAGGUUUUAUGAUAUUAUGUGUUGGUUGUCUUGCAACUGGAGCUACAAGACAUAAAGUAUAUAGAGCCUGGAGAUCUAGAGUUGGUGGACGUAUCUCUUGUGCUGUUUUCAUGACAAUUACUUAUAUACUACAAUUAGGCUGGCUUCUAAUAUUUGCAUUCUUGAUUAUAAUUGCUUGGGUUUUUACUAUAUUCUGGGGUUUAUGUAGCAAUCCUCGUGUUCAAUCUCUCGAUCAAUGCAUUGAUUUUACUCAGUUUAGCUUUAUAUUCCCAAACAAUACAAGGGUGGAUGAUAUGAAAAUAUGUGGACCACAAGAAGUGAAAUUGUUUUGCAAGGAUUUUGUUGAAAAAGCAGAGAUCAUGUUUAUUUUAGCAACUGCAGCUGCCAUGUUGGUUGUAUUGAGUCUCAUACAUUAUUUAAUGUGUUUAUCUGCUAAUUACGCACACAUUAGAGACCAUGAGAAAUUUCAAGAACUGCAAGAACUUCAAUAUCUUCAAGAUCCAGGAGAUCCAGAUUCUCCUCAACCGGGAAUGGGAACUCUGAGUUCGCACCAUCGUGCUAAGGAUAGAUUCUAGGAUACGGCCCGCGAGAUCUUCGCGAUGAAUCCUCUAUAACUCUAUGCAUUUUUGUUCAUGAAAUAUUGGAGAUAUUUACUCUACAAAAAUUUAUGACGAUAUGUUAUUCUCUUCUAUGUAUCUAAACUCAGUAUUCUACUAAUCGAUUAAUAUUAUAGUAGCUUACUGAUUGAGGAUCUUGCGGGAACACUUUAUGCCGUCCAUUUUCUGCGACUGUCUUGUAAGCAUUUAUUUUGUUUUAAAGUUAUGAGUUCAUUAAUGAUUAGACAUAAGAUAUUAUCUUUCAUAACAUUGUUCAUUCAAUUGUUUAUCGAAGUUCUGUAUGAAGCAUAAAACAUUUGAAAACAUUCCAUAUUUCCAUAUUCGUUGAUAAAGUAUUUACAUAUUCGUUGAUAAAGUAUUUUUUAUUUGGAGCGAAAUUGAAUAGUACAUAUGUGCAAGAUACAAGUAAUAUAAGUAAUAACAUAAAGAAUAUACUUUCUAAAUUAUUUGCUACAUAAAUAUUUACAUAUAUAUAUAAAUAUGAUUCAUCUAUGAAUUUCUACUAUUCAUUAAUAUAUUGUUUGAUAUUACAAGUUUGUUUAAUAUCAUCUUUAUAUCAUGUAAGACUGUUUAUGAACAUAGAUUGUAUUUUAUAUUCUAUUUGAUAUCAUGAUUGACAGAAAUUUUUUUUAUACAAAAGUGCAACUUUUUGGUACCUCUUUAGGAUAAAUUAAAGAAUUAUUGACAUGAUGUAUUAUUAGUGAAGUGCUUUAAUUGUGCUGGAGGAAAGGAAAAUCAAAUAAUUAUUUUUUAAAUUUUUUAAUUGUAGUUAGCAAAUGAAAAAAUAUCUAUAGAAUCUAUAAUUUAAUAAUUGUAAUUUCUUCCAGCAUAGUUGUCUUAUAUCACAGAUCUAUUAUAUAAAAGAUCAAAUUAUAUUGUGAAAUGUUAAAAAGACAAUAGAAAAGCAAUUCAAAUUAUAGUUUAUGCACAAAUCUUAACUGUGCCAAAUUUAAUGUGAUUUAAAUCAUGAAAAAUUGUCAUGUAUAUUGUACGUUAUCACUAAGGGACAGAUUUAAAAAAUGGAUAUAUGUAGAAUACAAGUUUAACUUGCAAUAAUUUUGUACUUGCUCAAAUAGUAAUUUGAGAUUUUGUUAUAUGCACAAUAAGAUGAAAAUAAAUCUUGUAUUACACAUAUGCAAUAAGAACAUAUCAAAUUAAAGAUCGUACAUUUACACAAAUUUGUAAUAGAAUAAUAUAUAAUAAUAAUUAUAUAAGAGAAUCUAAUGCACGAAUUAUGUAUGUACAAUAAAAAAUGAGUUUAUUAUUUUCUUUAAAAUAUAUUUUUAUUUUUAAACAUUUGUAUAUUUCUAUGAUUGAAUAAAAAAUACUUUCUAUUUAAUUCGUACGUU